AAUAGCAAAAAAAAUCGCUUCCAAAAGCAAUAAUUACACCAAAAAAACUGUAUAACAACAGCUCAGACAUUUAUCUAUCAGAUAAUAACUAUGUUUAUAGCAGUAAAAGUGUUCAUAGUUGUGUUUGAAACGAAAGUUUCAUGAAAAACGGUAAAAAUUUCGAAAUGCGACACAGGUGUGCACACCCACUUUGACACAUUUUGUUUCAUAAUUUAAUAAUUACAGAGAAGUUGAGCAAAUUUUACCUUGUUUUAUUAUCCAUAGACACUUUAUUAAUCAAAGUAGACACCUUCCAUAAUUGCAUGUAACUGCAUAUAUGUAAAACACCGUCAAUAUUAAAUUUGUUUACAUUUCUACUAUCUUCAAGGAUUUGUAUGCAAUUUGUCAGGUAAUGUUACGUGGAACGUGAAUGGCUGGAUUUAUUACUGCAGUGGAAUUUCAACCAAUCAAAUCGCAUGUUAGAAAUACAUGUGAACUAUCCAAAAUGAAAGUAAAACAUUGUCAUUGUGAAAUUGAAGCAGAUUGAUACGAAUUUCUAGCAAAAUAUGCUCACUAAAUAGUAAUUAUGUUCUAUUUUACUAUGAAAAAAAAACUAUCCAAGGAAUAUGUACCAGCAAAAGAGCUUUAUAACAAAGGAAUACGAAAAUUACUUCUAGAAUUCUCAGUUUUCAGCUGUGCACACCAGCUGUGUCCAAUCGUCCAGCCACAGUUUGUUGGUGCCCAUUUCUUCCGGAAGAGAAAAUCAGCACUUUGACUACAGUGUAUAUACUUCAGCAUCCCCAAGAGGAACUGAGAAAACUAAAGACUGCACCAAUGUUGAAGCAGAGCCUGGUUGAGGGGAAGUGUCAUAUUAUACGUGGAAAAAAGUUUGGACCAAAAAGAAGGUAUGAGGAGUGUCUCAACCUUGCAGAAGUGUUGCGCAGUCCAAACACCUUGCUAUUGUUCCCAGGGGAUGAUGCAGUUGACGUGCAAGUGUUGCCAAGUAAUCAAUCCUACAAUUUGGUGGUCAUUGAUGGAACCUGGUCACAAGCCAGGGGAAUGUAUGCAAACAACGAGCUGUUGAAACUACCAAAAAAGGUGCAGAUAGCAAGUGACAGGAAGAGUCUCUAUGUGAUCCGCACACAGCCCACUGACACAUCUCUCUCCACCCUGGAGUCUGUUGCCAUAGCAUUGGCAACCUUGGAAAGACGACCUGAACUUGUCCAGGUUCUGACAGCUCCAUUGGAGGCCUUGUGUGAAUUUCAGCUGAGUCAUGGAGCUGUUCCCCACCAGAGCAAGGAGUACAGGAUAGCCCAUGGUCAGUGGACAAAGAUGCUGCCCAAGAGUCUUCAGAGGCGUCUUGAGCGGGAAAGAAGACUAGAAAUAGAGAAACAGACGCCUACACUGAAAUCUGUCUUUUCUGGGGAUUCAAAUGAUAGUGUCAGGGAAAGUGUGCAUUGUGUGGGGAAGGGUCUACCAGUUGAUUCAAAUGAUAGUGUCAGGGAAAGUGUGCACAGUGUGGGGAAGGGUCUAUUGGUUGAUAAUGAGGAAUCUGAUGUAGACAAGCCUUUAGCUGGUUGUUUUAACACUGACUGUGAUAUUGAUGUUGAUAAUUCUCUUGUGAUUUGUCAAUUGGAUAUUAGUGAGCAUGACGAUGUUAAGCAUGUUUUAAGUGAAAAAGAAUUAGACUCUGUUGUUAGAAAAUGUGAACAAACAUGUGCACUGCCCUGUAGUUGAUAUAAGCUGAUUUAUAAACCUGUUGUUUUGAAAGCAAUAUAAUAAAUGCUUGGUUAGCAUAAAGCUUA